GGUCACGUGAUUAGCUACAGCUUGAGGAAAACAAGUGUGUGUGUCUGCAGGUCAGAGCAGCAGGUCACAGCCUCCAUGAUGACCAGUGUGCUAUGCAGGCGAGUCAGCCGGUGGAUCAGAUCGACUCGGAGUGUGAGGUCACUGAGGUUAUUCUCCACCGCCGGAUCUUCAGGUUCAGAUGAGCCGUAUGUAGCAGUUUCACCUCACACUCCAGUGGGACCCAGAACAGUGUGGCCCGAUGAGACCAUGGGUCCUUUUGGCCCUCAGGAUAAACGCUUCCAGUUGCCAGGCAACGUGGGUUUUGACUGUCACCUGAGGGGGACAGGUGAGGAACGAGUAACAUCGACCCAGCGCUCGACGCCUGACGUCCUCACAGCGCCGUCCAACAGCGAGAGGCACGAGUUCAUACUGGCACAGUUCAUCACUGAGUACCAGACUAAAGAUGCGUCAGUAUGGACACAGAGAGUCGCUAAAGCAGAGGAAUAUUUUACUCACUGUGACGUGGAGUGUUCUGUACACACCUGUCCUGAACUGCUGAAACAAGAGUUAGAAUCGUUUUUUCCGGCUCUUCCUGUCACUGGCAUCACUGUGUUGACGAUAAAGCAGAAAACAACCAGGACAGAGGAACUGAACACACAACAGCUGCUAGAUAUCUUUAUUAACGGUGCUAAACAGAUCUGUUUCCUGCUGUGGAGAGGAGGAUACUGGGCCGACUUCAUCGACCCCUGGUCAGGGAGAGCCUAUUUCGGAGCAGAGUCACAUGAUCCGGUUCUCCAGACAGAUCAGCGUCGUCACUCAGGGUUCCACAUCGAGGACCUGGCGUCCUGCAGACUCACCGUUCACCUUCUGAGCGACUCGCACACCUUCGCCGGGACGCUGAUCACCAGCGCGCCGUCCGACAGCCUGCUCAUGCGGCGGCUCAGAGGACACACACCUACCUGAGACACACACACACACACACACCUUCACUACGUGACAGACGCUGAUGCUUUAUUACUUGAGAUUGACGAGUGGUUUAUUUGAAAUAUUAUUUAUUGACUGAUGUUUAUGACACGUAGCUGCUCAGAUUAAAGAGCUUCAGAACCCACACAGGAUAGAACUUUAAAAUAUUCAGUGAUUAGUGUAUAGAGAGAGAUGAAUUGCUAAUGCUAAUGCUAACUGGAGCUCAUGGGUGACGAUGUAGAGCUUUAAUAAAAGAAGCUGCAGAGACGUCGAGUUCUGAUGAUCUGCCAGCGAGCGAGAAGGUCCUUAUUCAUGUAAUAUAAAGAUCAAGAUGGAGGUGAUAAACUUGUUAAUAACAUGUUAUAACUUCUAUACAGUCUGGAUGCUUAUAGCUCUUGUUGAGAUGAAGUGUAAUAUCUGCUCGUAUACUGUGGAGAAACUGGUUUGAUGGCAGAGGAGACUGGUGAGAUUCUUGGUGUGUGUGUGUGUGUGUGUGUGUGUGUGUGUGUGUGACAUUUGAGACUGAUUCCCAAUAAACAAGGUGUCUGCAGUCUA